UGGCUAGGCUCCGCCCCCAGCUCCGGUUUCAGCUGCGGCGCUGCUACAGGGACCCCCAAGAUGGAAACGCAGGGGCUGCCUGCCGCCUUGGAGCCCGGCGCCCGGCAAGAUGGCGGCGAGGGAGGCCUGGCGGGCGACGGGGCUCCUUCUUCUUCUCCCUCCUCUUCCUCAGGGCCGGCUCCGCGGCAAGCGGCGCCGGGAAGCUGGGGCCUGGACGUGACCUUCCCCGUUCUCUUGUUACUGGAAGGGAAGAAGCUGCCGGAGCCGCCGCCUCCUCAGCCGCCGCCAUUGCCCUCGUUGCCUCAGCCGCCUGCGGAGGCCGGAGGAGGAGGGGAAGCAGAAGGCCUCGGGCCGCCCCCGCCGCCGGCUCCAGACAACGACGCCCUGCUCCUGGUGGUGAAUUUAGUGCGGGACGCGGCCUCGAAGGAGGCGCCUAAGCCGGAGCCUCCCUCGGAGGAAGAGAAAGGCGAGGGGGAGGCGGAGGGGGAGAAGGCGAAGGAGGCGUCCUUCUCGGGGACGCUCACCAUCAACAACCAGAGCCUCCUGGUGCGCUUCGAGAACGGCCUCCUCAGCCUGGGAGGCCCCGCCGCGCAUGCGCAGCCCUCGCCACCCCCUGCUCGAGCUGCGGCCUCCGCCUCCUCCUCGGCGUCGUCGUCGUCGUAUCCGUGCCCGGAGCCGCGCUGCGAUGAGGCCUUCUCCCGCAAGCAACUCCUGCGCCUCCACCGCUUGUCGGCCCACGGAGGCGCGGAAGGGGAAGGGGAAGCAGACGCGUCCCGGCCGGCGCCGCCCCCUCCGCCUCGGCCUUUCUGCUGCCCGGUUCCCGGCUGCGCCUGGGCCUUCGCCACGGCCUACAAGCUCCGGCGGCACCUCCACUCGCACGACAAGCUGCGGCCCUUCGCCUGCCCGGCCCCCGGCUGCGCCAAGCGCUUCACCACCGUCUACAACCUGCGGGCGCACGGGCGGGCCCACGAGGCCGAGGCGGCGGCCCACAAGUGCGAGGCCUGCGGGCAGCGCUUCCCCAGCGGCGCCCGCCUCGCCGCCCACCGCCGGCGCAGCCACCUCCAGCCCCCGCGGCCCUACCGAUGCGAGUUUCCCGGUUGUGAGAGGACCUUCAUAACAGUGAGUGCAUUAUUUUCUCAUAAUCGAGUCCACUUCAGGGAACAAGAAUUAUUUUCCUGCUCUUUCCCGGGUUGCAACAAGCAGUAUGACAAAGCCUGCCGACUAAAAAUCCACAUGAGAAGUCACACAGGUGAAAGGCCUUUCAUCUGUGACUUUGAAGGUUGUGGUUGGUCUUUCACUAGCAUGUCAAAGCUAUUAAGACACAAAAGGAAACAUGAAGAUGACAGGAGAUUUACAUGUUCUGUAGAAGGCUGUGGGAAAUCAUUCACAAGAGCUGAACACUUGAAAGGCCAUAGUAUAACUCAUCUUGGGACAAAGCCGUUCGAAUGCCCAGUAGAAGGUUGUUGUGCAAAGUUCUCAGCACGCAGUAGUUUGUACAUUCACUCCAAAAAACACCUUCAAGAUGUGGACUCGCUGAAGACGCGUUGCCCUGUUUCAAGCUGCAAUAAAGUAUUCACAUCCAAGCAUAGUAUGAAAACUCAUAUGAUCAAACAACACAACUUUAGUACAGAUCUCUUAAAUCAGAUGGAAACUUUUGGUUCCCUCACACCUAGCAGUGAACUAGCCAAUUCAGGACAGAGUGACCUCAGUAAUGUAGAUCUUGUGUCCCUCUUUUCCAAUGCAUCUGGGAACACUUCUGGAAUAUCGACUGAUAUGGCUCUGAUAAACUCUGGAAUUCUCACUAUAGAUGUUGCUUCUGUUGGAGCCACACUUGGAGGCAAUCUUUCUGUUGGUAGCAAUCCUCUUGGUCAGACGGUUGACCCGCUGAUUCUAGUGGCUGGCAGUGACAUUCCAAACAGCCUGGAUAGCUCUCUUCUGUUGGGAACCACCACCACCGUUUUACAGCAAAGCACUUUAAGUUUGGAUGAUGUACAGAAUGUAAAUGCAGAAGCUCUAGGCUCCUUAGCUUCUUUGUCAGCAAAGAGUUCUAGUCAAGACUUGCAUGGCUUACCUUCCGGCAAUAAUCUCUCCGUAGACACAGCCACUUUAACUCCGUCCAACAGCCUCACCGGAAACAGCGGAUCUGAUUUACUGGCUCCAAGUAGAUCGGAACAGACUUUGCUUCCCAGCCUGGAUGUUGUGGGGCAGCAAGAAGGCAGUAAAGUGGUGACUCAGUUUGUGUUCUCCAAUCCCCCAGGAAGUUACAGUGCACAGAAAGAAACUGAUCUGAGCUCCGUGACUGGCAGCUCUUUUCUGGAGAGUGGUGGGUCUGCAAGAACAGAUUAUCGAGCCAUUCAGCUUGCCAAGAAAAGAAAACAGAAAGGAAGUGAGAAUGACAUUGGAAUCCCUAACUGUGGCAUAAGAAAAGGCAAAAGUGAUAAAGUUAGUUCUUGUAGCCAUGGGAGUCGGCUAUGCAACAGUGUUUUACCAAAUGGAAAUCUGACUGUGAGAGAUGCAUCAGCUGGUACACAGUUUGUUCAAAUUCAGCUGCUUCAGGAUGAUUCCCCGGGAGAAGGAGAUCUGCCUUUCCAGCUCAGUGCUCAAUCCUCCUCUUCAAAUUCUCAGCUGACAGUGGACUUACCUGUCUAUAUCCUUCAGGAGACACACAAUUCUGCUGAAGAGGAUGCCAGUUCUGACAAUUCUCAGUUUACAGGAAGCACCAUUAAUCUACAAGAUCUUGAAUAAAUGCAUUUGGAAAAGAGAUGCAGUCAUUCGCAUGAAGCAAAAUCUUGAGGAAUAGACGUGUUUUUGCAUCGAUGGAGAGAAGUGGCAAAGUGGGAGCAUGCACACGCUUGUGCUACCUUGUGGCUUGCCUGAUGGUUACCGUGCAAUGAAAAACUGUUCAUCGGAUUCUUGGAGAUCUUGAUAUACUCUUUUUUGUGGUCAGAAAAGAUACGUACAGCAGAGUGUUUUAAGUUAUGCGGUGGAUGACUUUGAAUGCUGUCUUGGAGUGAACAUACUGUGAUGAUAUUCUCUACUAAAUGAACAGUUAUGCUUGGCACUUUUUCUUUAUGUUCAAAAGCAGCAGACGACAAGAGGUUUCCAUACUAAAAGGGCAGCAUGAUGGUGAAGACUAUUUAAAAUCAGGGGUGAGAAAAGUAUUGCCUGUGGGUUGCAAGUAGCCCAAGGGGCCAUUUUGAGGACCCCAGGGGUAAAAACAAAUUGCCUUUUUUUUUUUUUUUUUGCUUUAGAAUGCCACCAAAUGUGUUUUAGGAAAUAUAAAGGAUGUUCACACAACCUUUGGAGGCCCAUUGGACCCCUAGGGGGCCCAAAUGAGUAUUGCCUGGAAUUGCUCCAAAAUCCAUUAAGGGCAUGGGGUACAUUUCCACCAGAUUUUGCAGACCAAUUUCAUCCCAGGACAAGGCUUUUGAAAUGCAGGCAUGGAAAAAAUUCCUGCGCUCCAUAAAAGCAGUUGGCAUUUUCUUUCUUUCUUUUUGCCAGGAGCAGGUACAGCUCUACAAGGUUUCCUAAGGGGCUAAUGUGGUGAUUCCCUACUUUUCUGCAGUCGCUCACCCCGACUUAAAUGUUUCACCACAAACUGACAGUUAUCUGAUAAUGUUGAAUACAUUUCCAGGGAACCAAAACAGAAGAAAUAGUACAGUACUUGGGGGUAGCAGAUGCUGAAAAAGAACAGUAUAUUUCUUGUUCUUACCAUAUGAUCAUUUUGCUUUAUGGGUUGCCCCUUAGUAGGCCGCCUGCCAGAUUUUAAUUCUUUCAACUGUUGAUCAAGUUUACAGUAAUACAAGCCAGUAUUGCAAUUUCUUUUUAAGAUGUCACUUUAAUUAUGUGUAGCUCGAUCAUAUCCAUGUUUGGUCGGAAACAAAUCUUGCUGAGUUCAGUAGGAUUUAAUGUAAGUAUUCAAAAGGUUGUAUCCUUUGCUUGUUGACCAUUUACACAAGGUCUUUGCUUCAGCAAAGAACAUACAACUAGUAUUCAUAGUAAGUAAAUAGGUAAGUAACUUAUUGACUGAUAAGUGCAUCUUUAAAAAGAAAUCUGCCUUUUUAUUUUAGGCAUUUGGAAGAUAAUUGUAUGGACUUAAAAGAGCAAAUAUUACAAUUUCAUCUAGAACAGACAAGAUCUCAAUAUUUGACAACAAAUCUGGAGGCUGGAAUUGUAGCCACCUAGAUUUAAGUCAUACAUAUUUAGGUUUAAAAGCUGUGUAUGUAUGUAUGCAUUUUUAUUCCUUUUGAUUGUGAGUGCAAAUGCAAAUGCAUUUCUAUAUAUUUUUAAAGAAAAACAAGAUUUCCUAGAAAGGAAGACUUGUCAUCUUAACCUUGUUUAUAUUUAUUUGCAGUAAUGAAAUGCACUGAAAUGAUAUGUCAAUUAGAAAUAACAGUGGUGCGGGUGUCAUCAGUUGCCUAGUACCCCCCCCCCCAAAAAAAACCCCACAAACAAACAAAAAACCCGGCUAUAUUCAGAAGUUCAUGUUCAGGAAUAAACGGAUUUGCCCUGUUGCCAUUGAAACUUUCCUGGCAUCAGUAGAUAAGAGGAGGCUGGUACUGGGCUAUUGCCAGAAAGGUCUCUUUCUCUCCUUCCUAGGGACGCUAGGAGUCCUGGGGUCUUACUUGACACCAGUUACUUGGUUCUCGUAUCACUUCUGGUUGUGUCAUCAGGAGCACGUGGUUGAAAUGGCCUCGAAAACAACUGCUUCCCAAUCUUUCCAUAUUGGACCACUAAUCAUUUUCACUUUAGCCAAAUGGAAACUAUGAGGGGGCAUCCAAUCCAUAAUUUGAUAUGUCCUAAUUACUUAUUGUGCCUUUUCUGUGUCCGGAAAAAUAUGAAGCUAUUUGAAAACAUUUUGUAGGGAUUAUUUACCUUGCAUUUUAAUAUUUGGGCAUCAUCCUUUAAAAAACCCUUAACUGGUUUAAUUUUUCAUUCUGUAAUACAGUAGUAUACAAAACCUGCUUGACCAUUGUCUUUAGCCAUUACUGUACUUCUGCAAUAGCAAAUGUGUACAAUACAUAAUUUUUAUUACGGUUAUACAAAUCUCCAAGCCAGAAGGAGUUACGAAAAUACAGAUGUUUAAAGCCUUUGGCUUUACCCACUUCUACAACACUGAAAUUCAGUUUAAGAGAAAUCAAAAUAUGUAAAAGUAUGCUGUUUCACCUCAAAUUCCUUACUCAGUGGAGUGGUUCGCACACUUACCUUGCCAGUGAUCCUCCGGAGAACAUGGGCAAAUCCUGCCCCUCCCUUCAGCAUGAAGCAAAUGGCCCAUUUACACGAUACUCUCACUGCCCCAAAUUUCUUUUUUCUGGGAUACAGAUUUCUCCUCAAUAAACUUUAUCCAUUCCGUUAUCUUAGACUUGUGAUACGGGAAGAAUGGGCAGCAUGUAGGCCCCAGGGACAUUUUUCUUUUGAUUCCCAACAUUUUGAAGAAAACUUACUUUGACUUCAAAUGCUUUUGCAUUUUAAUGGGGAUUGGGUGUGUGUGUGUGUGAAAACAUGACAGAUUUGUUGCACACAUCCCCUAAAUGGUGCAUUGAAAUAUGUGGAAUUAAAACACAUUUGGGUUGCAGCUGUCCAAAAUAUGGUGAGGACAUUGAUUUUCAGGCAGUUCUUGGCCCCAGCCUUAGGUGAAUGGUGGACUGGUUUGUGGGUAGCAUCCCUGCAUUUUUAUCAUCGAAAGAAGAUCACUGACUGGGUAAGAGUUUGAACUGGAUCCCUCCUACGUGGUGCUUCUCUUGUACAGAAUCAUGCCUCCUGAAGAAUGAGUCAACACUUCUAUGCGACAACAUGUAAAUGCAUUUCUUCUAAAAGGUUUCUUUACUUGGCUUUGUAUAUUACUGUACAUUUCUAAUGGCUUAAGGGUAAGCAUCAGAUUUAUUCCAGCAAAGUCCAUUGCUGGCAGUGGACAAUUAAAACAUUGAGGAAAUAAAAAGGAUUAAUAAAAACAACCAAUGUCCAGUUUCACCA